AUGAAAACAGUGGCAAAGCUUCCACAUUUGGUCAAUCUCAACGAGGAUCCGCUCAUGUCCGAAUGUCUCCUGUAUUAUCUUAAGGAAGGUAUUACCAGUGUUGGCCGUCCGGAAGCCUCCAAACGUCCUGACAUUCUACUUUCGGGACAAGCAAUCCUUGAACAUCAUUGUGAUUUCGUGAAUGAGGACGGUUGUGUGAGCCUCGAUCCCAAAAAG